AUGAGUUCCCACCGCGGUAUCCGUCGCCGUAUCGCCGUGGUCGCAACCCUUCUCACCGUUUUCCUCAUCUACCACUUCACAUUCGGGACCGUCCCCGACACGACAACCACGUCCUCACAUAAUGCACACGGCAGUUCCAACCAGAAGACCCAGUGUCCUCCACUCCCGGGGAUUGAAGAUGUCCUCGUUAUUAUGAAAACCGGCGUCACAGAAGCCCUCGAUAAAGUCCCUGUGCACUUCCAAACAACCCUCCGCUGCAUCCCCAACUACGUCAUCUUCUCCGACUUCGAGGAGGAAAUCAAUGGGGUCAAAAUCCACGAUGCCCUCCGCGGCGUCGACCCCGUCGUGAAAGACACAGUCGCAGACUUCCAAAUCUACAACCGCCUCCAAGAGCACGGCCGCAAAGGUCUCGAAUCGCAAGACUUUGCCGACGAGGCAAACUCCGCCAUUGGCAAACCAAACAACCCCGGCUGGAAGCUAGAUAAAUGGAAGUUCCUUCCCAUGGUCAAGGAAUCGUACCUGCGCAAGCCAGACGCCAAAUGGUACGUGUUCAUGGAAGCAGACACAUACUACUCGUGGCCAACUCUCCUCGCAUGGCUAGAGCGCUUCGACGCCUCUAAGCCGUUCUACAUCGGGACGGAAACCCAAAUCGCGGACGUCAUUUUCGCGCACGGCGGCUCGGGCUUCAUGAUCUCCAACCCGGCCAUGAAGCGCACGGUGGACGAAUACGACGACAACUUCGCCGAGCUGCACGAGUACACCGAUACCCAUUGGGCCGGGGACUGCGUGCUAGGGAAAGUCCUCUCGAACGUCGGCGUCGACCUGACGUUCUCAUGGCCAAUUCUUCAAAACACGAACAUCGGGGAGCUCGACGAGUUCACAACGGGGUUCUACAGACGGCCGUGGUGUUUCCCAGCCGUCGCUUUCCACCACUUGUCACCCAGUGAUGUCAAGUUUCUGCACGACUUUGAGCAGCGGAGGUUAGCAAAGGGUUCAAAACCUCUUCUGCAUAGCGACGUUUUCAAGGAGCUUAUCUUUCCCGAACUCUCCAACGUCCGAGAUGGCUGGGAUAACCUUAGUGACAAGGAACAAUCGUCAGCAUCUACAUUCCAGGAAUGCCAGUCCUACUGCGAGAAAUCCACCGACUGUGUCCAAUUCGUCAUGCGCGGUGGGAAAUGUUAUACCGGUGCGACGCCACGACUUGGGUCGAGCUCCUCGGAUGCUCGGUCUGGGUGGGUCAUUAAUAAAAUACAGAAGAUGGUAAAGCAGGCACCUAAAUGUGCUCGACCAGACUUUGGGCGAUGA